AUUUCACCAACUUAUCUCAAAACUCUCACACUCUCCCCUAACUCUCAGAGUCUGUCAAAACCUCACCACCAUCGCAAACUGCCACCACCAUGACGGAAAAAGAAUGCGGCCACCAACACGACGAGGAGCCUAACAACCCCCUUCGUCGCCUCAUAGCCGCCCUGAUCGGCUUCGUAAUCCUAAUCCUCUUCAUCAUUCUCCUCAUUUGGCUCAUCCUUCGUCCAACAAAACCUCACUUCAUCCUCCAAGACGCAACCGUCUACGCCUUCAACACCUCUGCCCCCUUUAAUUUCCUCACGACCAACAUACAAAUCACAAUCGCCUCUCGCAACCCUAACGGAAGAAUUGGAAUAUACUACGACAAACUCGACAUUUACGCUACGUACCGUGGCCAACAAGUAACACUCCCAACGUUGUUGCCACAAACGUACCAAGGUCACAAAGAUGUGUCGAUAUGGUCACCUUUUGUGUAUGGAAAUAAUGUGCCAAUUGCACCUUAUUUAGGUAGUGCAAUUAGUCAAGAUUUAAUGGUUGGUACGGUUUUAUUAAAUGUUAAAAUUGAUGGAAGAGUUAAGUGGAAAGUUGGGAGUUUUAUUUCCGGGAAAUAUCAUUUGUAUGUGAAUUGUCCUGCUUAUGUUGGUGUUGGAGGAAAAAUGAUGGGGAACAGUGUUGUUGUUGGGAAGUCAUCCGCUAUAAAGUAUCAAUUGGUGCAAAAUUGUCAUGUUGAUGUUUGAACAAAUGAGAAGAAAGAAGAAGAAGAAUUGCUCUAUUGUCAACGCUCUCAUUCAUCUCUCUCUACUCUUUUUUCUACUUUUCUUUAGUGAAAUCAUUUGGUAUUCGGUACCCUGUA